CCUAUGUAACAGAUAGGGUUGUCUUUACAUUUAGACUUACACAUGCAGCCGAAGAAGACAGAGGGUGACAGUACUCAACCUCUCCUCACUACACUUGGCGGGUGCAUUGUCUCCUCAUAUCGGAAACCUCUCAUUUCUAAGGGCAAUUCACCUUCAAACAAACCGUUUUCAUGGCCUGAUUCCAUAUGAAAUUGGUCGACUGCUACGCCUACAACAUCUUAAUCUGGGAAACAACUCUUUUCAAGGUGGAUUUCCUGCCAAUCUGCGUCAUUGCAAAGAUAUCAGAUACAUCUAUUUGAGUGGCAACAAUCUUCACGGGAAACUACCCACUGAUUUUUCUCCUUGGCCUAAGCUUGAGGUGUUUAAUGUUAAACACAAUCAAAUUGACGGAUCUAUUCCACCUUCAAUAGGGAAUUUAUCGAAUCUUCGUAUUCUUUUUCUAAGUUACAACUAUCUAACUGGGGGCAUUCCUCUGGAACUGUCUCAUCUUGCAAAGUUAGAAUUUCUUGAUUUGCAACAAAACAGUUUAUCCGGUAUGGUUCCCAUCUCACUUUACAACAUUUCGUCCCUCUAUAAGCUUGGCCUAAACGAAAAUGCAUUGAAAGGAAUUCUUCCAUCAGAUUUGGGCUUCACCCUUCCAAAUCUACAAGCCCUCUACGCUUCACAUAACAAAUUUUCUGGUCCACUACCACCAUCAAUAGUUAACGCUUCCAAUCUCAUUAUCUUUGAUAUCCAGCAUAACAGUAUUACUGGGCCUAUACCGAACAAUUUGGGUAGCCUUCCUAAUCUUGAAUGGUUAGGGCUGGGUAGUAAUCUACUCGGCCUCAAUGACUGGAACUUUUUCAAUUCUUUGGUUAAUUGUACCCGUCUGAAGACAUUGAGCUUGGACACUAAUGGUUUAACAGGUGAGCUCCCUAGCUCCAUUGCAAAUCUCUCGGCCACUAUGGAAAACCUGUAUAUGUACAGUAACCACAUACGCGGAAGCAUACCUCAUGGAAUCGGAAAACUUGUCAACCUGAUAAAUCUGAAUUUAGGAGACAACUUCUUAACGGGGAGCAUUCCACAAUCAAUUGGAAGACUAUCAAAAUUAGGAGUACUAGUUUUGAGUGAAAACAACAUUGUACGAGCAAUUCCAACUUCCAUUAGCAACAUGACUCGGUUAAGUUAUCUCUAUAUACAAGAUAAUCUACUCCAAGGAAGCAUACCUACUCCAUUGUUCAACAUUACUUUAGAGGAAUUGUACCUUUCCAACAACCAUUUUAGAGGCGCGAUACCUGAUGAAAUUGUGUUUAUGUCCAAUUGCAUUGUCCUUAAUCUGUCGCGAAAUCUAUUCAGCGGUCCACUUCCAUCCAACAUUGGAAGCUUGAAACAAUUGGUCACACUAGACCUUUCGGACAACAAACUAAGUGGAGAGGUACCGGCUACACUUGAUGGAUGUUUAAUGUUGGAGGAACUAUAUAUGGCAGGAAAUCUUUUUCAAGGUAGAAUUCCAUCCUCUCUUAAAGCUUUGAAAAAUCUUGCAUUAGUAGAUCUUUCAAACAAUAAUAUCUCUGGGAGUAUUCCAAGCUUUUUUGAGGGGUUUCGUUAUAUCAUAUUUCUUGACCUGUCACACAACAAGCUUGAGGGUGAAGUGCCUGAAAAGGGUAUAUUUUCAAAUGCUAGUGUCUUUUCUGUUGAUGGAAAUUUGGAACUUUGUGGAGGUAUUCAAGCAUUGCAUCUACCAUCUUGUCCUCGAAAAGUCUCCAGGAAUAAGAAAAGAUCACUAGCCCUCAGAGUUUUGUUAAUUGGAAUUCUUAUACCUCUUGGUGUAUUGUUUGCUUGUCUUGCCUUAAUUUCAUAUCGACGUCGAAAUUCCAACAAGUUGAAUGACCCCAUCCGAAUAUUGGAGGAUGAUCGAUAUCCCAGACUUUCAUACCAAGACCUUCUGCUAGCUACAAAUGAGUUUUCUCCGGAUAAUUUGAUCGGUGAAGGAAAAUACGGUUCCGUUUACAAAGGAAAUCUUGAAUCAGUUGAACAUAUGGUUGCUGUGAAGGUACUAAAUGUUGAAGUACAUGGAGCAAACAAGACUUUUUUGGCAGAGUGUGAAGCAUUGAGAAACAUUCGUCAUCGAAAUCUUGUCAAGAUCAUCACAAUAUGCUCUAGCACUGACUUCAAGGGAAAUGACUUCAAGGCAUUAGUUUUCGAGUUCAUGGCAAAUGGGAGUCUAGACAGCUGGUUGCAUCCAAGUCCUCCUGAUCAACAGAACGAAAGAAACUUGACUCUACUCCAAAGACUAAAUAUUGCCAUUGAUAUUGCACUGGGGGUGGAUUACCUGCAUCAUCACAGUCAUGAAAGUAUCAUUCAUUCUGACUUAAAGCCAAGUAAUAUUCUCCUUGAUGAGGGAUUUGUUGCUCAUAUUGGUGAUUUUGGUUUGGCAAGGUUUUCUUUUGCUACUACAACAAAUGUGAGUCAAGCACAAAUGAGUUCGACUGGUGUACGUGGGACAAUUGGAUAUGUUCCUCCAGGUGAAAUUUGAUACGAUAUUUUCUGCAAAUUCCAAUACAUUUAUACCCUAUUGUUUGACCAGGACUACAUUUUACUUAUAAAAUGCUAGGUAAGGAGUGCUUUCAAUAUAAGUGAGCAAUAGUACUUGAAACAUCAAUUUUAGCAAUGUCUUAACUGUUUUUUGUGCAGAGUACGGAAUGGGUGUUGGGAUAUCUGCAGAGGGAGAUGUGUAUAGCUACGGGAUCCUUCUACUAGAAAUGUUUUCAGGAAAACGACCAACAUGUAGCAGCCUAUUGUUGGAAAAUUGUAAUAAUCUUCAUGAAUAUGUGAGGAAAGCCCUCCCGCAAAGAGUGAUGAACAUCAUUGACCCACGGAUAAAAAUAGAUCAAGAAGGUGAUGGUUCAACAACAAAACAGUCAUAUAGAAAGGCCACCAUAGAGGCAUGCCUGGCAUCAAUAUUUGAAGUGGGGUUACUAUGUUCAGCUGAAAUUCCCAGAGACCGCAUUGACAUCAGUGUCGCUAUUAAGCAGCUACAUGUUGGAAGAGACAAACUUUUGCAGUGCGGGCAGUAAUCUAUGUGACUGUGAAAAUGUGUAUACGUGUUAUGUUCAAGUAAACAUCUCCAAGCCUGAACUCCCCUAAUGUG